ACAGGAAAUUAGAAGAAGAGAGGGAGGAAGCAGUAGUUUCAGGUGCAAAUGUUUCCUGUCGACGGUAUUGUUCUUGUAGACUUGCAUUCGCUCUGAAAUAUAUAUUUUUUAAAACAAAUUUGUAGUUUUAUCACCAAAAGCACAAUGGCGGCACCAGCUGCCAACAAAGACAACAUCAGAGCUGGCUGUAAGAAAUGUGGCUAUCCGGGACAUUUGACGUUUGAGUGCCGAAACUUCGUCCGGGUCGACCCGCAGAAAGACAUUGUUCUGGAUGUGAGCAGCACCAGCAGCGAGGAGAGUGAAGAUGACGGACCAGUUUCUCAGCACACAGAGAAACUGGGACGGAGUGGUCAGCAUCACAAAGAUUCCAAUGAUGAUGACGAUAGAAAAAAGAAGCGGAAACAGAAGAACAAAGACAGAAAGUCAAGAAAAAGAUCUUACUCGUCGUCGAGUGAUGGGGGCACAAAAAAAAAGAAGAAGCGAAGCAGAUCAAGCUCAUCGUCGGAUGAAGAGGAGAGAAGAAAGAAAAAGAAACUAAGCCGCAAGAAGAAGAGUAAAAAGAACAAAAAAGAGCAUGGGAAGCAUCACAAAAUGAAAGAGAAGAAGAGGAAACACAAAUCGUCCUCAUCAUCCUCUUCCACCUCUGGUGAAUCAUCAGACAGUGACUGAACAGUGUCGUUUCUGGACGACGUGUUUAUUCAGAAGUGUAGAUGGUCUGCGUUUUGACACUUUAUAAAUGCAGCAAAUCAAAUAGUUUCAUCUGAGCUUUCCUUUCUGAGUGUUAAAGUAAAUUUUGUCUGCUACAGAUUAAUGGCAACAAUAUGACGUAAGGGUUAAAAUGACUGCUGAUUUCCUCUGAGACUGUCAGGAACCCAUCUUUAUACAAGGAUUUAAAAUAUUAAACACUUCAUACUGCAGGUUAAUAAGUUCCUAUUUCUGUUAUUUUUAUGUAUUUUAGUCAAAAAGGAUCAAUUUAAAAGGUCAAAGUGCUUUUAAACAUGAGGGCAGUACGGUGGUUCAGUUGGUAGUGCUGUUGCUUUGCAGCGGGAAGGUCACAGGUUCAAAUCCUGACCUUUCUUUGUGUAGGUUGCAUGUGUGAGGUUUCUGCAAAAAUGCAUAAACAGUCAGUGAAAUGCAUCAUCUUUACUGUAAUUACUGCAGGUUUGUCUUAGUUUUCUGUUGAUCACUGACCCUUUACUGGGAAUAAAACAUGUUUGUUUCAGUUUAA